CAGAAGAGGAGGAGAUUGAUCACAUGGCUGAAAACCAGAAACCCCAUCUUCUUGUCUUGCCAUUUCCUGUAGAGGGCCACAUAAAUCCGCUGCUCAACUUCGCCAAACGCUUGAUCCCAAAAGGGUUCAGGAUAACUUUCAUAGUUGCAGUUGAUUUCACUAAAAAAUCAGCUCAUGAUACGCAAGACUCAUCAUCCUCAGAGCUAUUUAAUAUUGAGUACAUUUCUAAUGGCUCAAAUGAAGGUGAAGAACCAGACAGCUUGGCAGGCCAUUUCAGACGGUUACAUGCCAUAAUGUCCAGAGAUUUGGUGAAGCUUAUGGAGAAACUAAACAGAUCUGACUUCCCACCCAAAGUUCUUGUUUAUGAUUCAACCUUGACAUGGGCUUUGGACGUAGCUCAUCAGAUGGGGUUGCUUGGAGCUUCCUUUUUCACUCAAUCCUGUGCUGUUUCUACCUUAUAUUACCAUUUGCAAGAAGCGAAAUUGAGUGCUAUUCCGGAUGAGGAGCAUUCAUCGGUGCUGAUUCCUCCGCUUCCAUUGCUCCAGAUUGAUGAACUUCCUUCGUUUACCCAAGUCGAUGACAAGGAUCACACCAUUGUUAAGUUGAUGGUAGAGCAAUUCUCUAAUGUUGAGAAAGCAAAUUGGAUAUUUUUCAACUCCUUUGAUAAGCUGGAAUAUGAGGUGGCAAAUUGGAUGGCUAGAAAAUGGUCGAUUAAGACAGUUGGACCAACUAUUUUGAAGGACAACAAACAUCACGGGGCUUGUCUAGUCGAGAUGAAGUCAGAUGCUUGCCUAAAAUGGUUGGACGAAAGAGAUUGUAGCUCAGUUAUUUAUGUAUCAUUAGGUAGCGUGGCUGUACUUGGAGAAGAACAAAUGGAAGAGCUUGCUAGGGGCAUAGCCAAGAGUGACCACCACUUCUUAUGGAUGGUUAGAGAUUCGGAAGAGUGCAAACUUCCAGCCAAUUUCAAGUCUGAAAUAUCAGAAAAAGGUCUAAUUGUCAACUGGUGUCCUCAACUUGAAGUUUUGGCACAUCAAGCCUUGUCAUGUUUCAUGACACACUGCGGCUGGAAUUCGAUGCUCGAAGCACUGAUUUCGGGUGUGCCAAUGAUAGCUAUGCCACAGAUUGUUGAUCAAUUCACAAAUGCAAAGUUUGUCGCAGAUGUAUGGCAGACUGGGGUUCGAGUCAAGGCCAAUGACAAGGGAAUUGUUACUAGAGAAGAAAUUUCAAUGUCCGUAAAGGCAGUUACUGAGGGCGAGAGCGCAAAGGAAUUCAGAAGAAAUGCUGAGAAGUGGAAGGAACUGGCACAAGAGGCUGUACGCCAAGGUGGAAGUUCUCAUAACAACAUUGAUGAGUUCGUUUCGCAAGUUUUAAGCGUCUAGUUAAUUUCAUUUAGCUACAAAAUCAGGUCACGUGAAACCCUCAUAAGCAUCUAUGGCAGACUAUAGUAUAAUAUUGUUGAUUCAAUCAAUUGAUGCAAACCUGUCAUGCUUGUGUACGAGAAUAAUAGAAAAUUAAUAAAGUUUAUUGGAUUAA